AUGGGCGAAGGUGGCUACCAGCAGAUCAACAAGAGCUUGAAUGCGUUCGCAUUCGACGACUACCUCGCGACGCAGCAGUCGCGCCUCCCCAAGCUCCUCGAUGUAGAGCAGCUGAGCCCGCGAGUACUCCGCGUCCUUGGCCAGAAUGCUGGAAAGUUCACACUGCAAGGAACCAACACGUACAUCAUUGGUACGGGCGCGCAGCGCAUCAUCCUGGACACCGCGCAGGGGUACCGCGCGUGGGCGGACCUGAUCGAGAGCACUCUGACAGACCGCGCAAUCGCGCUGUCACACGUCUUGCUGACCCACUGGCACGGAGACCACACCAAGGGCGUUCCCGAUCUGGUCCGACUGUACCCGCACCUAGCCAGUGAAAUCUACAAGAACAGCCCGGAGCCCGGGCAGCAGCCCAUCACGGACGGGCAGGUGUUCCGCGUGGAAGGCGCGACGGUGCGCGCGGUGCAUGCCCCGGGCCACUCGCACGACCACAUGUGUUUUAUCCUUGAGGAGGAGAACGCCAUGUUCACCGGGGAUAAUGUGCUCGGUCAUGGGACGAGCGCGGUGGAGAAUCUUGGGCUGUAUAUGGAGACACUGCGGAAGAUGCAGGAGUACGGGUGUGUAGUUGGGUAUCCGGCGCAUGGGGCGGUUAUUCCGAACCUACCAGCAAAGAUUGCGGGGGAGCUGGCGCAGAAAACAAGGCGGGAGAAGCAGUGUCUAGCGGCGCUGACUCGGAUCCAUCGCAACAAGGGGAAAUCGGGCCAGUUGGGGAGCGCUUCAGUUGGGGAGCUGAUUGAGGCGAUCCAUGGCGAGCAGCUGGAUGAGCAGGUUCGGAAGACGGUGAUUGCGCCGUUUAUGGAUGAGGUUCUAAGGAAGCUGGCAGAGGAUGGCAAGGUCGGGUUCUGUGUGCGCAAGGGGCAGAAGAGGUGGUUCGCCUUGACGGGUGUGACGGCGAGUGCAUGA